AGUCACAAAGUUUGUCGUAGGGCGCGCCGUACGCACCGUGAUGUGGGCCUGCUCGUGAAUCAUGCUCGAUAUAAAAAGCUCCGCCGACUAUCUGAGUCGGUCGGGCACAUUCACCAACUUCUCUAUGUUAUUUGCGGAUGCUUCAUACAAGAGUACUUGGUCUACGCAUGCCACAUCACAGGGUUCACAAGGCUAUGGCACUAACUCGCUAUCGGCUAUGUCGAAGUCGACGCUCGACGCGCACACACAUUUACGUCAACCAGGCUCAGGACAAAUUCAGCUUUGGCAGUUUCUUCUGGAGCUGCUGAGUGAUUCGAGCAACGCUGGCUGCAUCACAUGGGAGGGGACUAAUGGAGAGUUCAAGCUCACGGACCCUGACGAGGUGGCGCGUCGGUGGGGGGAGAGGAAGUCGAAGCCAAAUAUGAAUUACGACAAGCUGAGCCGAGCUCUGAGAUAUUACUACGACAAAAACAUAAUGACAAAGGUUCAUGGCAAGAGGUACGCCUACAAAUUCGAUUUCCAAGGCUUGGCGGCGGCCACGCAGCCGGCGGCGAGUGAUCCAGCUUAUAAGUACCAGAGUGAUCUGUUCAUGAGCUCAUACCACCACUCGGCUAAGCUCUCGUCAUUCAUGGCUCCACACGCGGCUAUGCCUACAUCCACAGCGUCGAUAUUCCCAUCUGCGUCAUGGGGUAACUGGGGCGGUGGGGGCAGUAAUCUAUACUCACCACACUCUAUGGCCCCACCUCAUGUGACGUCACACCUCGGCUCCUACCCGCACUACGCAUGACCAAGAUAAAGAAAAACGACGACAAUCGACAAUGAUUU